AUGUUUAAACUUUAACACACAAUCAUAUAGUCAAAGUCAGAAGAAAAAGCUCAUUAAAUAAAAACAUGAGAGCAUUAAUCUCAAUUAUUUAGUCUGCUUCUAGUAUCAGUUUAACAAGCAUCGAUUUCAUAGAAUAAUGAAGUUAAUUUUUGCUUUUAUUUUUGUUUUGUGUUUCGUUAACUUCGGCUUUGCUGAAAUUUCACAAAUUGAAUACACUGAUUGUGGUGAAGCGUAUGAAACUCUUCGUUGCACUGUUGACAAUGUCAACGGAGAUUGUUUAAUUGACAGAAAUACAAAAGCAUGUCGUUUGAAGAGAGGAAAUAACUACACAAUGAAUGUCGACUUCACUCCUGACUUCGAAGGCGACGAUGUCACAAUGCUUGCUUAUGCUUUGCUUCCAGGUGGAAUUGAUGCGCCUUUUGAGGGAAUGGACGAUAAUGCUUGUCACUGGAUGACAUGCCCAGUUGUCAAAGAUACAAAACAAACUUACACUUUCAAACUUUCAAUUAGAAGAUCAUAUCCAAAAGGAAUUUUCCAAGUCCGCUGGUUGAUGAAGAAAGCUGGCGAACCGAAGUGUUGCUUGUUUCUUCUCUUCUCAGCUUUCUUAAUUAUUUUAAGUGCUUACCCAACAGUACAGAAUCAAGUGCCAGCUGAAUACGGAUCGUGUCCUGAAAGUGAUUACGAAGAUUUGAAAUGCACGAUAGAUUCAGUGACUGUAGAAGGAUGUAGAAAAGAUCGCAACUCAGGCGCAUGCAAAGUAAAGAGAAAUGUUAAUGCGACAAUAAAAGUUGAAUUUACUCCCGAUUUUGAUGGUGAUGACGUCACGAUGAUGGCUUAUGCUUUGAUGCCUGGAAUUGAAAAAUCUUUUCCCGAUAUGGAUCCUGAUGCUUGUAAGUUUAUGACAUGUCCAGUUGUGUCAGGAACUUCAAGCACUUAUUCCUUUGGAUUGAAGUUGGCAUCAGCAUAUCCACUUGGUCUCUUCAAUGUAAGAUUUCUGAUGAAGAAAGGCGGUGAAGCAAAAUGUUGUUUUGUCACUAAGUUCAGAAUUGAGAAAUAAGAUUCAAAUUGUUUAAAUAAAUGGAAAUAAAGUUUAAUCGCUUUGAAAGUGAUGUUGAAUGAAAUAGUUUAAUUAAAAUGAUGAAGCUG